AAAACGACGGAGACCAAAGUCCAAAACCAAGUAGAAGAAGCAUAAUAAUAACACCAACGUAAAACACGGAGUGCACGGAUAGAUAACAUAGUUGGUCAAAGUCGUAAUACAGUCAAGGAAAUUGGAACCCUCUCGGCAUGGCGACCAACUUCCGCAACACAACCCUUAAUGAGGAAAGGAUAUUCGGCAAUACCAGUGGCCUAAACACGUCGGGCGGAUUGAUUUCUACGAGUCAUCCGCCCCCAUUGCCACCCAGACCAGCGUUUUCUGGAGGUGGGGGAGAUAUGAUGUUCGGUAAUCGGUACGGAUACGCUGGCCAAUCUGGAUACCACGGUUACAACCCUUACGGAGGAUAUUCCUCGAUGGAUAUGUACGGGCCCAGAAGCUACGGGGGAUAUGGGAUGGGCCAAGGAUACGGUGGAUACGGUAGCGGAGCAUAUGGCGGUGGAGCAUUCAAUUAUCCUGAGCACAGGUUUAUUCAACUAGCAGAGGAGAGCUCACGACCCGCUUUUCAGAUCCUUGAAUCACUCGUUGGUGCGGUGGGUAAUGUGGCAACGAUGCUGGAUUCCACUUUCUUUGCCGUCACCAGCUCAUUCCGUGCAGUGCUGAGUGUGGCCGCCAACUUGGCACACCUGAAGGGAACAUUUGCUCAAUUCUGGUCAUCGCUAGCGGUUGUACGCGCGGCUGUGUGGUUGUAUAAAAAGAUGCUGUACAAACUAAGAAUAACAAAAUCAGAUCCAACAAUGGACGCAUUUAAGGAAGCAUUCAAUGGUUCUGCAAGUACCGAUGCCGCCGUAAACAAUCCGAGAAAGCAUUCUUCUUCCCUGUUAGCUGCCCUGUUCAUGGGUUUCAUGCUGUCCGUACCGUAUAUGUUGAUAAAACUAUUCGCACCAAAAGUAACAGAAGAUAGUGCAUUAAACGACCCUACCCUGUGGAGCAAUCCAGUAGAGGUACAGGCAUUGCACAAGUUCGAUGCAUCGAACGCUCAAGAGAUGUCGAUCCGCGCGGGACAAUUAGUGUUGCUUGCACCGAAACAAAUUCAAACCGACAAACACCUGCUAAACACCGGCUGGGUACUAGCGGCUUCGGCUGAUCGAAAGACGUGCGGAAUCAUUCCACUAAACUACGUACAAGCACUAAAACAAACAAUAGAAAGUCAGUAGAUAUUAGGGCUUAAGGGCCGAAGACCGGUGUCGGACAGCGGGAUGAAUAAACUAACGAUUAACCAUCGAC